GCAGUGGAUCCGUGACGCGCCGGGUAGGUCCGCCCCCGGGGUUUUGUAAAGGGUCACGUUGCGCUGCAGCAGGGAAACAGAAGACUUCUGCAUCUCUACCGCACCGUUCACACACCUGCACGAUCUGCUCCGUCACCAAUCCGCAGCCACCAUGACUCACCAGUAUCCCGCACUGACUCCUGAACAGAAGAGGGAGCUGCAGGACAUUGCUCAGAGGAUAGUGGCACCUGGGAAGGGCAUCCUUGCAGCUGAUGAAUCCACUGGCAGCAUGGCGAAGCGUCUGAACCCUAUCAAUGUUGAGAACACAGAGGAGAACAGGCGCCGCUACCGCCAGCUGCUGUUCACAGCUGACGAGCGCAUUGACAAAUGCAUUGGAGGAGUCAUCUUUUUCCAUGAAACCCUUUACCAGAACACGGAUGAUGGCGUUCCAUUUGCCAAGCUGAUCAGAGACCGUGGCAUUGUUGUUGGGAUUAAGGUAGACAAAGGUGUUGUGCCCCUGGCAGGAACAAAUGGAGAAACCACUACUCAAGGUUUGGAUGGCCUGUCUGAGCGCUGUGCCCAGUACAAGAAAGAUGGAGCAGACUUUGCCAAGUGGCGCUGUGUGUUGAAAAUCUCCGAUACAACACCAUCUGACCUGGCUAUCUUUGAGAAUGCCAAUGUGCUGGCAAGAUACGCUAGCAUCUGCCAGCAGAAUGGUAUUGUUCCUAUUGUGGAGCCAGAGAUUCUUCCUGAUGGGGACCACGACUUGAAGCGCUGCCAGUAUGUCACUGAGAAGGUUCUAGCUGCUUGUUACAAAGCUCUGUCUGACCACCAUGUGUACUUGGAGGGGACUUUACUCAAGCCCAACAUGGUAACUCCUGGACACUCCUGUCCCACUAAAUACUCCAGUGAGGAGAUUGCCAUGGCAACAGUUACUGCCCUUCGUCGCACUGUGCCCCCUGCUGUCACAGGAGUGACUUUCUUGUCUGGUGGACAGUCUGAGGAAGAGGCUAGUGUGAACCUAAAUGCCAUUAACACCUGCCCUCUCACCAAACCAUGGGCUUUGACCUUUUCUUACGGCCGUGCCCUUCAAGCCUCUGCUCUGAAUGCAUGGAGAGGAGAGCUGAGCCAAGAGAAGGCAGCCACUGAAGAAUUUAUCAAGCGUGCUGAGGCCAAUGGCUUGGCAGCUCUUGGAAAGUAUGAAUCUCCUGGAACUGGUGGUGCAGCGGGAAAAUCUCUCUACGUAGCAAACCAUGCCUAUUAAACAUCAAUCUACCACAUUCAUUGUGGCCUAUCAAUAGUCUUAUACUGUAUUCACUCAGCUUUUCCCCUCACUCCUCCAUCAAUUACAGGCCUGCGCUGUCUACUGUACUUUAGAGUUGUAAGAUUAAAAUUAUUAGAUGUAUGUAUUUAACAUCAUUAAGAUAAGAUUUUCCACUAAAAGAUGUAGACUUAAUUUAUUGUUUGCUUGACCAGUCAAAUUAACUUUAACUUUUAAAAACAAUUCAUGAAACAAGUGAAAGUGUUUUCUGUCUUUGACAGAUUUUCCAUUGAGGUGAGAAUGUAGAGGCAGACUAAUUUAAUCAUCAUACACUCUGGCUCAGCACCUUUUACCCCUUUCCUGCCUAUCGGUAUUGGGUCAUUCCCAAAAGGCUGGAGUUUGCAUAUUGUGUUAGUGUAUUGCUUCUGUAAGAAUGCAGUGUUUGGUCAUCUUCAAUUGUGCUACACUGAUAAAGCCCUGACAUGGGACCAAUGAUCAUAAGCGGCAACACAACCAUAUAUAUAAAUAAAUAAUAUUUGCAAAGGGACAAAAUAUGGCAAAGAACAUGUGGUACGGACUGAAAUUUAAGAGUAACUUUGCAUUCCUCAUUGUAUUGUCGGACAGUUGUAGCUGAAGUAAUAGGAGGACUGAGAUGCCCUACACAUUUUUGUGCUGACAAACUUUUGAACGCCAGCAGGUGGAGAAACGUCUCUUCAAUUAUUCCAUUUGCUUUUAAAUUACAGUUGGUGUUGAGUUGUGUAACUGUGUUGAUAUAUUCUGAUGCUGUGUUGCCCCAUCAUGCUUCCCUCAGCCAGGCCCACAUGAAAAUGUAAAGACGGUUUCUGUAACACAGAGAUGGACCAAAUCAAGGGGUUGGCUGCAGGGAAACAGUCACUGCUGUGUUGGACUAUGAUAUGUGAUAUUUGAUGUUAAUGUGUCUGUAGUAAAUAAAAAAUAAAAUAACUCAAAUAAAUGCUUAAAAA